AUGGGGGCAUAUGAAGCGCUGGCGAUGGCGCAGAGCGCGCAGUUGUACCUGCUUGUAGGGAUUCUGGGGUUCGUUGUUUAUCUUCUGCUGGUGUUGUCCUACUUCCUCGUGCCCAACAUCAAGGCGCAGCAUCCGGCCGCCGACCUCGUGGUGUGGCACGCGGGAUGCGGGCUCGUUUUGUCCGCCGGUUUCGUCUUCGCCUUUGCGCUGCAGCGGCAGGACGUGGAGCCCGAGGACGAUGAGCUAAUUCGUCGGCAGUGCUCAAUACUGGGCCCUUUCAAUCAGUUUUUCCUACUGGCGGGCGUCUGCUGGUACCUCAUGCUUUCGCUCGACCUGCUCGUGGCGCUGGUAAACCCUUGGAUGGGCUACAGCUGCAAGUCGUGGGCUGUGUGGAGCGCGAGCACCGUAUCCGCCUUACUACUGCGCCAGCUCAAUCUCUUUGGCCUGUCGUCGCUCAACGUCUGCUGGAUCAAGCGCACCAACGACCCGGUGCAGGUGAAUACAGUCAACUGGGUUUUUCUCUUCGUCAUUGUGGGCGCCACCUGCGUGCUGUCGUUUGCGGUACUGGUGUUCGCAAGCUUCCGCUUCGUCAGACGCCAACUGGAUGUCACAUAUCGCGCCAAGCGCCGCAACUUGAUGCAGUAUUACCGGUAUUUACUGAUAUUUGCGGGUCAUUGGGCGGCGUGUGCCGCGCUGUAUUACGCAGCGUAUCUUCAAGAAUUUGACGGCAAGAUGGCGAAACACUUCGAGCUCGCGUUCGCUCUGGUGUUUGGAUCUUACCCUGUGAUGCUUCUCAUUGUGUGGAUUCUAAACACGGAAUUAUACCAGAAUUUCUCCAGCGAGAACAACCUCUCGAAAUCCGAACGAGGAGCUGGAGACUCGACCAGUACAGAGCACUUUAGCGCUGCCUUACGCAAAGAUCUGAUGCGCUACACGACUGCAGGGAUCCGUUGCAGCAUUUGUGAGUCCCCUGCAGACAGCUUACGUUCACCACUACUGAGUCUGGCGCGAGAUCGCUUCGGUUCACUUGAUCGCACUGCGGCAUUAUCAUUUCUGCAAAUGGAAGAGGGUGAUUCCGCUGGCCUCUACCACGAGAAGAAGCGCUUGGCAACUACGGUGUACAAUGGCGAGUAUCGGUAUUACGAGAAGCUGGGCUUCACUGACUAUGCGCCCAAAGUGUUCCAGAACAUCCGCGAGAUCUGUGGAAUCGACAACGAAAUGUACGAGCAGUCGUUCGCCGAUACUUUACUGGAGCGUGCGUCAGAGGGUAAAUCUGGGAUGCUGUUUUACUUCACAAGUGACCGGAGGUAUCUGGUCAAAACAAUGACGAAGAAAGAGCACUCGUUCCUGCUUGAGGUGCUCCCACUGUUCCACCAGUACAUUUUGAAGCAGCCGAACUCGCUCUUGUGUCGCUUCCUGGGCUGCCACUCGAUGCAACUUCCCGUAGGCUGGAACAAGAUGUUUUUCGUUGUAAUGGAGAAUAUCUUUCCGGAUGGUCCCGUCGAUGAGCGCUAUGACCUUAAGGGUAUCUUCCACCAGUCGAACUUCAGAUACCAAGAAGGCAUCCCUACGCCAGUAUCAAGCGAUUGGAGUCGCAGUGGUAGGGAAGAAGAAAGGAUGGUUCUGGAGGAAGUUGAAGGAAUGUUGAGUGAGAGCCAAAGUGUGGACAGUGAACUGGGACAGGUUACAGAGAAGCAGCCGCUACUGCGUCGUGGGAGCUCGCGUCCUUCACUCAAAUACGACAACGACUUUGUAAUUCGGCGUGCUUCACUUUGUGUGAAUCCAACGACCCGCGCAAAUCUGCUCGCGCAGGUAACAAGUGACUGUGGAUUCCUUCAGGAAUUAGGAAUUAUGGACUACAGCUGCCUGCUCGGUAUCCGGCAUUACAACCGUCGCAUUGAACCCGACAUCAUGGACAAUCUGGCGCACAACGCGAUUGUAUCGGCAGAUCAGUCCACCGUCUACUACCUUGGCUUUGCUGACAUCUUGCAACACUACAAUAUUGGAUGGAAAAUCCAGCACUGCUUGCUGGCGGCUGUAGUUGACAAGCGACAAAUCACUGCACUUCCACCCGCUGAGUAUGCGCUGCGCUUUUUGAACUUCAUCCACGAGUAUCUACUGCGAGAUCCAGAGGGAUCACAUGUUCGCUCGUACGGGAGCAUUGGAUACUCGCCUUCCAGCUUCGUUCGAUAA